AUGGACAUGCUGCUCUAUGUGGGCCAUGUCCUGGAAACUGGCGGCUCGCUUGUGAGGACUCUGGUCAUGGACAACGCUGGGAACCAUCGAUUGGUCAAAGAUUUCUUGUUAGGCCUCAACCAUGGAUUGACCUCCGAUGUUGUGAAGUCUUUGCCAUUUUGGCGGCAUAUGAGGUGGGAAUCACUCCCAGAAACCAGACUACCACGAUUCCCAUUCAAGAAGGCCGUGAUGAAUGGUGAGGUCCUGUUCAUCUUGAACGGACCUGCACAUGUGGCAAAGAAUGUUGUGGGAGGUGUGAGAUCAGCCGCAAGAACGAUUUGCUUUGGCAAGUACAGCGUAGAUCCUUGUGGCUGCUUAGACCUCUUCAUGCCUCCGAACGCAUACAUAGGAUAUGAUCCAUGCAGCGAUCGUGAAAGUGCCAGCUUCUUCAACCCCUACCACUUGAACGUGGAAAUGGUAGACAAAGUUGCUGACAUCCGUGUACCAUGGUGUCUUCAUGGGAUGCUGCUCAUGAACCUCACCACUGCACUCAUUACUUCAGGAGUUUUCCACCGUGGGCUCACCACAUCCCAGCGUUUGGAAAAUGCGCUGGCAGGCUUUGUGAUCCUGGAUUUGGGCUCCAUGCUGGCUGCAGAAACCGCGAAAGAAACAGGACAAAGCAAAGACAGAUGCUGGCUACACCAUGCGACACACAACAAUUUGCAGCAGCUGAGCGGUUGCUUGGCAAUUGCGUGCUCUGCAUAUCCUGAUUCUUUGCCUUUCAAGCCAUGGUAUAGCACAGAAUUGGUCCUUGAGGAGUGGUUUGGAUCACUCAGGCACCAGUUCAAGAGCAGCCAAAUGACGGUGAGGGAUUACCUACAUGCUUCUGCAAGACAGAUGAAGAGUCACUUGCAGCGUUGCUCGGAUCUUCAAGAAGGACGAAUAUUGAAGAGCUCUUCAAAGAUGGCUGAUCCCUUGCCUGAGUCGACUAUGUUUAAAGCAGUCUCUGAGAAGGAGUUCCAGGAAUGCGCAGACAGAGCGCUUGAAGGCGCACUUUCUUUGAUGUCCUGCUGCUGCAAGUACUCUCCAGAGGAGUUGUUGAAGCACUAUGCUUCGUUCAGUGCUGCGCGCAAAUUUCAAAAUGUGACCAUGGAGAACAACAUUGAUGAUUCUGAGGAUCCUGAAGUGGACUUUGAAGAUGAUCAGGAUGCACCUCCCGGAUUUGUGCACAAGUCUUCUGAUGUGGAGCGCAGUAGCAAAGAUGUCGAAUCAGAGCCUAUGACAAGCAGGGCUGCAGCGUGGAGAGAGCUUGCUGCUUCAUUGGCUGCAAAGAUCCAGUCCCCGGAAGCAUCAGUCCCAGAUGAGAUUGCGAUGUCCUUUGUGGUGUUGUGCCUUCCCCAGAAUUACCAAGAAUGGCAGAUUGGAUUGAUCAUGGCUGUAUGGAGAAAGACGGCUCGUGGUUGCAGGCUCACACACUUUCCAGUAUCGCGAGAUGUCACUCGUUGCGCACGAUUGGCAAUCAUGGAGAGAGUGCCACGCCCAGACAGCCCAGAGAAGAUGUCCUUCCGCACAACACCUUCUACCCCCAUGGUUGUGGUUGCAGUCGAAAGGAUUGUCUUGGUCUUGCAGGUUGAGGAGGUGAAGACUGGCUGCGAUGGCUUUCAGUGUACGCUUCGAACCAAGAGUGUGGAAGCUUUGCAGUUAGCUAUGCAAGAGCUCCCCAAGGAUCCCAAAAUGUGGGAAACGAAUACUUCCCAAACUUCGAACGCCAAAAAGUCCAAAGAUUCCAAAGGCUCAAGCGAAGUCAAGAUUCCCAAGGCCGUGGAGCAGAAGUUGAAGAAAAGCCUGGUGCAGCAAACGAUUGGUAAGGCAAAGAAAGCAACGGAAGACAUUCCAGCUGUACCUGCAAACUCCAAUCGUGGAAAGCGUGGCAAUUCCUUGAUCAUACAGGAGAUGCAGAAGCUCUUCACUUUGGAUCGUGAAAAGCACCCAACCAAGCCCUUGCUCAAUGCAGAUGGCAAGCUCUACGUCAAGAAUGCUGCUGGCGAACGUUUGCCAGGCUUGACUUGGACAGAGGUGCUUGAUCGAUCUCCCAGCUUCUUCAGCAACAAGUAUGCGAGCCAUCGUGGACAAGCCUAUGGGAAUAUGGUUCACACCGAAUUUGUACGCAUCACGCGGCAGUUGAAUGCUUCACCAUCUGUGCGGUCUGUGGCCUGUCAAUGA